UUAAAACAUACUAGAAUAUCCAUGCUAGAAAAAAAAGCGGGUGACAUUGAUAUAGUGGCAAUGAAAGCCAGUAACUAUUUAAUGGAGGCCGCCCAUUCUUUCCGUAUCUACCUCAAGAAUCACUGCGCAGUCCGAAAGCCUAAAAAAGGCGAAGCGCCCAAACCGGAGCGGAAGCCGAAUAAGGCGGUGAUAUGGGUCGCUAAGGAGUACCCGAAGUGGCAACAUAUGAUUUUGAGUACUCUCAAGGAGUUAAAUGGGCUUGACGCAAUCGAAGUCAAACAUACAUACAGUCCUGAUACUCCAGAAAAAACGAUAGAAGACUGUGCGCCUGGUAGUCCACAUGUCAACUUUAUUGCGGUACCUGGACUUACAGUGACCUUCACCAACCCCACACCGAUGAGUGGAUUGUUUACCAUUUCUGUGACCCUGGUAGAUGGGGAUACGGUUGAGAAGAUUAAAGCCAAGAUCGCUAAAGAGAUUAAGGCUAUUAAAGACAUAAAUGCUCUAAAGCUGUGGCGAUAUCUUGAUCCGGCGUUAGGUCCUCGCAAGAUUCCAGUAGCAGGCGAUCACGUGACAAAAUGCGCGGAACUCGUCAAUGGCGAUGGUAUACGCGUACACGUGGAAGCGUCGCGUAUAGAACUCGUUCAGAACGGAACGAAUAUUGACGUCGGCUUACAGUUUGUGUAUACUUAUGAUAAGUGAUUGUUUUCAGAAAUAUAUUUAUUUAUUUUUA